CAACAACCGGAUUCUUAAUUCGUUUCGUUGACGUUCCGUGUCGGCUUUUCGAUGUGUCUUUUUCGCUAGAUCGCUUAUUUGUGUAAUUAAAAAUAUUAUAAAACACCGACUAAUAUAUUAUAAGAGAAUAUGAGAUGUUAGUGGUAUAAAGGAGUUUUUACAUCAGAUACAUCAGGAAUAUUGAUCAUCACUUGAAGACUAAUGGAAGAUGUUAUAAAUAAUAUAUAUAACCCUGUUUCUAUUACAAAUCUAUGGUGAAGAACUGAAAAAUUCCAUCUGAAUUAAUAGCAACAUUUGUUUCCAUCAUUGCCUGGAAUAUUUGCUGAAGUAUUUCCCAUUCAGUCUGAACUUGGAAAAAUCUGCAAAGGUGUUUCUAUUACCUUUAGCUAUUGACAAAGACCAGACUUGUGGAAAAUAUAACUAGAGAAGUAUUUGAAUCAACAAAGGAAUAUAUAAAAAGAUCAGGAAAAUAUAUUUUGUGCUUGUAUACUAUAGAACAAUAAUGAAUCCUCAAGAGAUGACAAAAGAAAGAAAAAAGUUAUCACACCAAUGUGAUAUCUGUAGAAAGACUUUUUCUAAUAAGGGAAAUCUCAUUGUUCACAAAUUCAUUCAUGCGGGUAGGAAGCCAUAUCACUGUGAUAUCUGUGGUAAAUCAUUCUCUCAGAAAAGUAACCUUACCUCUCACAAAUCCCUUCAUACAGGAGAGAAACCAUAUCACUGUGAUGUUUGUGGUAAAUCAUUCUCCCAGAAGCACAGCCUUACUUCUCACAUAUCCAUUCAUACAGGAGUGAAACCUUAUCACUGUGAUAUUUGUGGUAAAUCAUUCUCUCAAAGGACUGGCCUUUCUUAUCACAAAUCUAAGAUAGGCCUUACUAAACACAAAUACAUUCAUACAGGAGAGAAACCUCAUUAA